AACAGACAAUGGUGGGGAUUGAGCCAAACGCUAUCCAUGCACUACCUCUGAAGCAGUAGCAUGGAUAGCGCGCGUUUAUGACGUCAAACGCUACGGACAGUGACGUCAUCAUAAUUUUGAUAGCGCUAUCCAGCGUCUCCGCGAACAGCGGUAGUGCUACGUAGCGCUAAAGCCUAGACUCCAUUAACGCGUUGAGCUGCGGCAACGCAUGCGGCAAUGUGUGUCGACGAAUCAGAAUCUUCAACGCAGGCUGCCGCAAGUCGCCUGCGGCAGCGUGCGUUGAAAUUGAAAAAUUUUGAUUUUGACGCAGCGGAGAGACAUAUUCGGUAAUGUUCGGUAAUAUUCGGAACAUUUCGGAAGUCGUGAACCACGAUCAUGAUGAUUAUGUAUACCAUGGUUAUGUAGGCUUAUAACCUCAAUCGCAUUAUUUUUGUUAUUACACAUGAAUAAUGCAAUGUCAAACAUGAAUUCUGGAAAUGAAAGUUGUGAGGAUUUAAAUGAAUUGAUAAUUCAUUAUGUAAAAUCUUGCUCCGAGAUAUGGGAUAUAAAAAAUAAACAUUAUAAAGACAAUAAUGUGAAAAACAAAAAGUGGGCAGAAAUUGCACGAGAACUAAAUGUACCUGAUGAUUUUGUUAAAUCUCGUUGGCGGUCUAUCCGUGAUAGAUACAUAAAAGAAAAAAAGAAACUUUUAACAAAAAGUGGACAAGCAGCAACUAAAUCUACAACAUGGUCGCUUAUGCCUCAUCUAGAAUUUUUAACAGAAACUGUGGAAGCAAGACAAACAAUUUCUAAUUUACAAGAUGAUAAUGUCCAAAUAACUCAAGUUUUUACACCAUCACAGUAUAUAAUACCAAUACAGUCAACUGUAUCAUCAAUACAGUCAAUAUCGUCAUCGACACAAAACUGCGAAGUGGAAAUAAGUACGUUUUGUUUUUUAAUGGUGAAUAUUAUAGAUUCUUAUGAAAUAAAACAUUUAAUUACUAUUACAAAAUUGAAAAAUUUUGAUUUUGAAAUCACAAUUAAAUGGGACAUAGAACAAAAAUUGGUUGUCCUGAAUUACCCAAAAAUUAUAAAGACAAUAACACAAAAGUGUACAAAAAUAGCUCAAGAAACGUUCCAAUGUUGUAAUAGUAAUAAUUAUUUUUUAGGUGAUUAUAUGAAGAGUUCUUCAUCACAACAAAAUAGGGAACUGUUAACUCCUAUUUUGACGAAUAAUACGCCUUAUAUCUCGUCAAACUCUCCUAGUCCUGUGCUUCGAAAUUUAAAUUCUCCAUGCUCUUCAACAGCUAGUAGUUCGUAUUCAUCAUUAAUGUCUCGGCCUCCUUCAACGUCACCAUGUCCUUCGAAUUCAAGUCGAGCUAAAAAACGCAAAAGUGAAUCAUUAGAUCCUGUGGACGAAGCAAUUUUAAAUAUCACCAGUGAAAAAACGAAAAGGGACAGUCUAAGUAAUUUUACAUCAGAUGAUUUAUUCUAUCUAUCCAUAAGUCGCGAUACUCAACAGUUAAAUAUUAGAGACAAAAUGCGCUUAAAACAGACCGUUUUGAAUACUUUGUCAGAAAUAUUAAGUAAUAAUUCAAUUAUUGAAUAAUAUAUACAUUAUAAAAAGUU